CGGGCCAGCCUUCUCUGCAUGUCCUUAAGAAAGUGUCACUUCACUGUUGAAUUCCUGUUUUGUGGAUCCAACGGGCGUUAACGAUCUGCACAGACUUUCAGCACCUCUGUCAGUCAUGCUGCUGCGUCUGGUGGCCCUCAGCCUCCUCCUGGCCUGCGCUGUGUCUCUCAGCAGCUCUGCUGUCGUUUUGGAAAACGGCAUGCCGAUCCACUGGRCACAAACGUCCAGCCGGGUGACGGAACUGCCAGAGGAGAACGGGAUUGUGACUCCCAACCCAUGGCAGUUUCUCAACCGCAUGAGUUUGUACCGGCUGCUGAUCGCUGCCACAGAUCCCUUUAUGGGAUGCAUGGGGACCAACUCUACAGACAACCCACUGUGGGGGCUGCCUCUGCAGCUGGGGUGGAUGCUGACUUCAGGUCGACUCGCUGAUCCAACCGGUUCAACAACCUGCGGCCUUCAGGCAGGAGACGCUAUGUGCAUUUCAGCUCAGAGCUGGUGGGGCUGUGUGAAUUACUUCCUUUCUGUGCUUCCCUUCCUGUCUGCUGCACAGCAGGGCUUCCUGGGAGAAAACAUUCAGGUGCAGCAGCAGGCACCUGCAGGUGUGGAGGAGUACUGUACCACCUACGCUGCCUGUUCAKCUCAGUACCCUGAUGUCAUGGCAAAGUGGGAUGCCUUUUUCAAGGCUCUCAAGGCUGARUCCACUUUACCUGACAACGAGAAGAAAGACUCAAUCCUUGGUGUCUACUGGACAGCCCAGAUGGCUUCACUUUAUGCCUCUGAAGCAUGCAAUGCCAAGCAGAGCCAUUAUUCAUCUGAGGAGGUGUCGUUUGCCAACAGCUGGUUGAACUCAGCUGAGUACGUCUCUGCAGCUCAUUUUCACUCCAGCUUGGAGAAAUCCUUGCUGUUUAUCACCCCUCUGCCGAGUCGAGUCCUAAAGAAGGGUGACGUGGCUCCAAAAAUUGCUGACCUGAGUAAGGAGGAGAACCACUCACUAUCUAUUUUCUCCUGGAUGAGGAGGGUCAACACUUUUCUUGGUGGAAGGUUGGUGAAAAUGUGGAAAAGCGCGAUGUGUUCAGUGAGCACCAGAGAGAAAGGCAGAGACCUGAUGCAGCAGCUGAUGCUGAACCCCGGCUUCGCCACGACAACUUUCCUGUCCAUCAUCGCUAAAAUGGCAACAAGCUGCUGAGACGAACACAAACAGGAAAACAACAACAACAACAAAACUUCUUCAAUAAGACAGAGGUCACUUUUUAACUUAAAACGUGGAUGUUAGGUGGUUUUUACAGACUGCUGUAGCCUUUCCUGUCUGUUUUAUUGUGUGAUUAUAUAGAAGCCUUAUAAAACAUGAAGCGCUUCAUAUUUUUCAAGCUUUUGUUGCAAAACCAAGUCAAGGCACAAAAUCAAAUUAUUUUUAAUCUUU